UUCUGGAAUGGAGACCAAGAAUCCAACAUGAGCAGCCUGAGUUUUCCAGAAAGGUUCCCCGGGAUCUUGGAAAGACAAGUAAUGAUAAACCAAACCCGCUACAGGAAGCCAGACAGAAAGAGAAUAAGAAACUUAGGAGAAGAAUAUAUAGAGAUGUCAUCACUGAGCUAGAGUCAAGUCACAACGAGAAAACUCUCACAACAAGCAGAAAUGAUGAAGAAAUAGAAAACGUUGCACAAAACAGACACAGGUAUUCAGUAAUAUACAAAGACAAAAUUAAAGAUGUCUUUAGAGAAAUUAAUAAUGAAAACAGGAAAAUGGAUGCAUUGUUUGAAGGAAGUGGGUCUGGAACAACAGAAACACCCACUGAUACAACAACAGUGAGAUUUACAGUAACAAAUGAUUCAACUACAGAAGGAGACAUUGAUACAACACUAGCAACAUCCACUGGUCCAUAUACAACAUCAAAAGUAUCUACAGAAACUGCUUCACAAACGAUGAGCCAUCCAGUCACCAGUACUUCACCCGCAGAAACCACAGCACUUACAACUACCACUCCCCCAUCUCCCACCAUCUCAGCAACCACUGCAG